CGGAAUCACAUGACCGGACUGUGGCGCGGUGUAGUGAGCAGAUAGUCCUGUGUGUACAUGUCUACUUUAGCCAAAGUCAUGUCCAAGUUCCGUCUGGCGGUGGUUCAGCUGCAGGUGAGCAGCGUCAAAGCAGACAACCUGAGCAGAGCCCGGAGGCUGGUGAGGGAGGCUGCAGGACAGGGCAGCAAAGUGGUGCUGCUACCGGAAUGCUUCAAUUCUCCAUAUGGGACCAGCUUCUUCUCCAGAUAUGCCGAGAACAUCCCAGGAGAAUCCACCCAGGUGCUGUCGGAGGCAGCAAAGGAGAACGAGGUGUAUCUGGUGGGAGGAUCCAUUCCCGAGGAGGAUGGUGGGAAGUUGUACAACACCUGUACAGUGUUUGGCCCUGAUGGAGAGAUGAUUCUUAAACACAGGAAGAUUCACUUGUUUGACAUCGACGUUCCCGGAAAAAUCCGCUUCCAGGAAUCUGAGACGCUGAGCCCGGGGAGCAGUUUAUCGCUGUUUGACACACCGUUCUGCAAAGUGGGUGUUGGGAUCUGCUAUGACAUGAGGUUCGCGGAGCUCGCCCAGCUCUACAGCAGGAAGGGCUGUCAGCUGCUGGUUUACCCCGGAGCCUUCAACAUGACCACAGGCCCCGCCCACUGGGAGCUCCUGCAGAGGGGGAGGGCGCUUGAUAAUCAGGUGUAUGUGGCCACAGCAUCACCUGCCAGAGAUGAAGCUGCCUCCUACGUGGCCUGGGGUCACAGCACCGUCGUGAACCCGUGGGGGGAAGUCAUUUCCAAGGCUGGACCAGAGGAAGCUGUUAUUUAUGCCGACAUCGACCUGCAGUAUUUGGCCGACAUCCGGCAGCAGAUCCCGAUCACAUCUCAGCGUCGGGACGACCUCUACGCGGUGACGUCAGUGCAGGAAGGCUCGAGCUGAACUCUGAACCUCGGGUCCAGCUCUUCAAAUCGAGCAAAAAGGAUCCUGUAAAGUCUCAUCCAUGUGAUUCUUGUUAAAGUGGAUUGAAGAGAGAAGCAGGCCUGCAGCAGCUUGCUGUCUCACUGUCCAGCAGAGGGAAACAUGAGAAUCACCUGGACAGUCGCUGAUUGGCUGUUUUAAGAUAACUUGAAUGAAGAAACUUUGCAUUAAAAGCUGUGACUUUUGUAUCCAGUGCAGAUCUAGUUAAAAGCUUUUUGAUGAGCAGUGACUCAUUUAUCAUUUCUGGUUACAGAUGAAUGGGAAGACUGGCCGCUUGUUUGUUUUCAGAGCUUUCUUUGUUUCUGAAUCAGUGCUCAAGAAUAAAAAACAAACCUGAAA